AUGGUACGCACAGUGAGGGGUGUGAUUGGGACGUGUGGUCUACUCACUUUGCUGGUCUGUUGUCUUAGACUCUAUGUACGAAAGUUCAUCACGCAGGCCAUCGGCUUCGAUGAUUGUCUCGUGCUUCUUUCUUUGGCGGGACAAAUCAUGGUCCUCGUGUUCGCAGUGCUCUCAAUUAUCCUCACCACAUAUGGAAUCGGCUACCACCAGGAUACCGUUCCCGAAGCAGAUAUGAUUAUUAUGGAGAAGUAUGUCUAUGUUCUAGUCUGCCUCUAUCUCUGGGUGGCUCUGGCUGUCAAAUGCAGCCUGACAGUCUUUAUCAUGCGGGUCUUCCCCACCCGUUGGGUCCGUCACACUGGGCUUGUCAUCAUAGGACUCAUGGUUAUCGUGACUAUCUCCGGAGAGUUACCCUUGAUCUUCCAGUGCUGGCCCGUGCAGGCAACAUGGGACAAAACCAUCCCGCACUAUAGGUGUUUCUCCAAUGCCGUAUUGGAGGAUAUCCAGUUAUAUCAGGCGAUCCUGAUGCUGUUGUUCGACGUGAUGAUCAUUGGCCUUCCAAUCCCAACUAUCUGGAAGCUCCAAAUGCCGGCCCAGCCCAGCGACGAUUAUUUGUUAUUGGCUUAUUUGCUAUCGAUACGAUUUGUGGCGUGUGCAGCUGGCCUUGCACGGAUCCCGCUUCUGGGAUUCCAGGAUAAUUCUACCGACUAUACCUACGUCGGCGCCAUCCCUCUCGUUUUGAUGAACCUUGAAUACGCGCUCGGCUUAAUCACCGGGUCCCUGCAGUCACUGCGUGUGCUGCUCAAGUUUAUCCCGGGGUUGAACAGCAGCAAGAACACCGGUCCGAGCCAGGAGGGGGGGCUAGGGGGCAGCCAUGGGGGGUAUCAAUUAAAAGACCAACCGCGUUGGGCCCAUUUGUUCAAGGGGCAAGAUAGUGGCGAUGCAGAGAGUAUUGAGAGCGAGAGUCAGCAGCGAAUCCUUGCAACACCGUACGCGGAUCAUACUACAUAG